AUGGUUGGCGGGAGCAGCAAACGCUCUGCGGGAGCUUGGCCGCCGCCUUCAUCUCUGGGCAUACCCCACACCUUCCAAGUGCACACGUACACCCGACCGACAGUAUGCCGCCUCUGCAAGAAGCUGCUGCGAGGACUGUUCAAGCAGGGCAUGCAGUGCGGAGACUGUCACUACAACGCUCACCGCAAGUGCCUGCCGUUCGUGCCUAAAGACUGCGGCGCGGAAAUAAGGGACGCGCAUAGUGAAUACCAGGACAGCUGCAGCACUGGAUCGGAACUAUCAGAAAACGCGCGGCUUCCCGACGACGAAUCUGAUGAGGGAGCAGAUGGCGUCACCGACGAUACCGAACAAGACCUUAGAAGACGUGCGGAGGACUUGGAGGAACCGCAAAGGGACAUCCUGCCAGAUCGGUCGGCAAGUAGACCUAGCAGCUCGUCUUCAUCGCCCAGCGCCAAUAUACCACUCAUGCGUAUUGUACAAUCCGUGAAGCACACCAAGAAGAGGGACGGGCAGUGGCUGAAGGAGGGCUGGAUGGUGCACUUCACUAACAAGGACAAAACGAUCAAACGCCACUACUGGCGGUUAGACAGCAAGUCUAUCACCCUCUUCACGUCCGAACAAGGCUCCAAGUAUUACAAAGAGAUCCCGCUGAAUGAGAUACUAGCUGUGGACACUGCCAGACAACCGCACUCGGACGUGAUGCACUGCUUCGAGCUGCGCACGGCGAACGUGGACUACAUGGUGGGCGUGGAGCAGGCGGGCGCGCCGCCGCCGGACUCGGGCGUGGGCGCCUACCUCGCGCGCUCCUGGGAGACCGCCGUGCGCCAGGCGCUCAUGCCCGUCACGCACCGCGGAGGUACGUCCGUUACCCAACGUGCUCAUCCUGGAAUUCCAUCGAUGCGGAGGGGGGCGAUGCCGCCGCGGCGGCGGGGGGAGGGUGCGGAGGGGGAGGGCGCCGAGGGCGAUGGUGAGGGCUGCGGGCGGGCGGGGCGCGCCGCGGAGAUGGCGCAGCUGUACCAGAUCUACCCCGACGAGGUGCUCGGCUCCGGCCAGUUCGGCAUCGUGUACGGCGGCCUGCACCGACGCACGCAACGACCCGUCGCGAUCAAGGUCAUUGACAAACUCCGAUUCCCUACAAAGCAAGAAGCGCAACUCAAAAACGAAGUUGCGAUCCUACAAAACUUAUCACACCCGGGCGUCGUGAACUUAGAACGAAUGUUCGAGACCCCCGAAAGAAUAUUCGUAGUCAUGGAGAAACUGAAGGGAGACAUGUUGGAAAUGAUUCUAUCUCACGAGAAGGGAAGACUUACUGAGAGAAUAACCAAAUUCUUAGUGGCACAGAUUUUGGUAGCAUUAAAGCAUCUCCAUGAGAAGAACAUAGUCCACUGUGAUCUGAAGCCAGAAAACGUAUUGCUGUCGUCCGAUGAUGAGUUCCCUCAAGUGAAGCUGUGUGAUUUUGGAUUCGCCCGAAUCAUUGGAGAGAAAUCAUUCCGACGCUCUGUUGUUGGCACGCCCGCUUAUCUUGCCCCGGAAGUGCUUCGAAAUAAAGGUUACAAUCGAUCGCUGGACAUGUGGUCAGUUGGUGUCAUCGUGUAUGUAUCUCUGUCGGGCACUUUCCCUUUCAACGAAGACGAGGAUAUCAAUGAACAAAUUCAGAACGCAGCCUUCAUGUACCCACCGACCCCUUGGCGAGAAAUAUCCGCGGAAGCGAUCGACCUGAUCAACAACCUGCUACAAGUAAAGCAACGCAAGCGGCUGUCGGUGGACAAGUGCGCGGCGCACGCGUGGCUGCAGACGCAAGAGGCAUGGCGCGACUUGCGCGCGCUCGAGCAGCGUGUGGCCGUGCGCUACCUCACGCACCCCAGCGACGACGCGCGCUGGCAGUGA